GAGCAAUUGAGUGAUGUCUUGCGUGCGCAACUACUUAAGAAGAAUCAAUAUCCAUGUCCAAAAUUACAGAGCAUAUUCCUCAUGGCAGUGGACGCAGAGGCCAAUCACUUUCAAGAAACCCUGGUCAAACCCAUAAAAACAUGGAAAGGCUACCUCUGGGACACAUGGGAGUUGCCGAGAGAUCAACGUUGGCUACUAUUUAAGUUGGAUGCGUUUGUGCUUACUUUUGCAUCGAUUGGCUACUUUCUCAAGAAUCUUGAUCUUAACAAUGUAAACAAUGCUUAUCUUAGCGGCAUGGAGGAAGACUUGGAGAUGUACGGCAAUCAAUUAGUUACAAGUACAUCUGUCUUCACCGUGGGCUAUGUCAUCGGCCAAAUCCCCUGCAACUUACUCCUGACCAGAGUCUCGCCCAGAUGGGUAAUUCCUUCACUUGAGGUAGGUUGGGGCAUAGCCGUCAUUUGCAUGUCUAGUGUGAAGUCAUACCAGGCUCUUUACGCGCUUCGUUUUCUUGUCGGUAUUUUCGAAUCUGGGUUCUAUCCCGGAAUCCACUACUUGCUUGGGUCGUGGUAUACACCCCGGGAAAUUGGCAAGCGCGCGAUGAUCUUCUGGCUGGCUGGCUCGAUUGGCCAACUAUUCAGUGGUUUUUUGCAAGCAGCAGCCUACACCAAUUUAAAUGAUGUUCAAGGCCGUGCAGGCUGGCGAUGGCUUUUCAUUAUUGAUGGGAUCAUCACGCUGCCACUUGCUGUAGCUGGCUAUUUCUUCUUCCCGAAUUUACCGCAAGGUGGAAAGAAAACUUGGUGGAUAACCGAGGAGGAACACCAGCUUUCUGUCAAACGAAUGCAAGAGAUUGGCCGAGCCGGCAAAGAGCCCUGGACUAAAGCAAAAGCUAGGCGAAUUUUCUCGAGCUGGCAUACCUAUCUACUGCCUUUGCUCUACGUCGUAUGGAACAACGGCUGGCCACAGGUUGGCAUGGGAUAUUGGUUGAAAAGCUUUAAUGCGAACCCCGCUCCUGUCCCAGGCACUUCCUUCUCAGUUGCCCAGAUCAACAAUUUGCCGCUACUCACUACCGGUAUUUUUAUCAUCAUUGCCUUCAUAUGGGGUUGGCUCUCGGACGGUCCUUGCCGUGGCUCACGCUGGCCUUUUGUUUAUGUCGGAGCGGUUAUAUCGAUUGUGUUCUGCGCGCUAUUGAGGCAAAUGCCAUUGUACAGCAAUAUAGAGGGUCGCAAGAUUGUUUAUUGGCUAAGCAACAUCGGACUCGGAGCCGGACCUUUAAUUCUCAGUUGGACUAAUGAGAUAUGCUCGGACGACACGGAGAAGAGAGCCUUGAUUGUAGCAAUGGCGAACGACCUUGCAUAUGUGGUUCAAGCAGUGGCUCCGAACUUCGUAUGGAAAACCACGGAUUUCCCAGCUGCAAAGAAAGGCUAUCUCUGGGCAAUCGUUCUACAAGCAUUAUCAAGUAAGUUCGGUCGCCCUUCAUUUUAUUCCUACAUGUAUUCAUGA